AUGUUAAAACUGUUGUGACGAUUCAAAAGUGCUUCUAGUAAAGCCAUAAAAUAGUGACUUUAUUUUUAAAAGAGAUCCUGUAGUAACUAGAUAUCAAAUAUCUCAAAAUACUAUAUUUUCCAUGAACUUUAACAGAUCAGAAGCAGCUGUAAGGAAAUAAUUUCCGAUUGUUCGUGGAAUGGUAUAAGUUUCGACUGUUGCAAAUAUUUCCGACCCAUGGACACGGAGUUUGGUGUCUGUUUUGCAGUAAACACGAUUCAAGGAAGAGAAAGACAUCCACCACGAUUGGAAAUGGUCAGCAACCGGACCACAGGCCCCGGCGUCAUGAUGUUCAACGUUCUCGUUCCGGGGAGAGUUUUCGUUUUAAACCAAGAAGAAGUGCCCUCUAUAACUACACCUGGAUCUGAUAUCAUGAGUGUUGGCCCGGAAAUUUACAGAAAGCGUCUCAUUUCCAUAAAGGACAUUGCAAACGACGCUGGUGCCAGAUUAAUAUCUCCAGAAAAGCGUAAAUGCCGGUAUACGGAUGAAAAUAUACUAGACGUAUAUCCACACUAUUCAUAUACGGCGUGUACUGUACAAUGCAGGAAAAAUGCUCAAUUACGGACCUGUAACUGCACUAAUUUCUACAUGCCUAAUAUAGAAGAACAUUUGAAGUGUAAUGUUAGCGGUGUGAUUUGUAUAAAUAAUAACCUAAAUGCCCUGUCGGUACUCAAAGCAAGAUGGUCAUCCCGAAUUGGCCUCUUCUGUGAUUGCUUGCCAUCCUGCACAGAAGCAGAAAUAUCUAUUGUAAAGGAUUUUAAGAAGCCCAUAGAUGAUGAUUUUGCCAGAAUAGAAAUAGAGCUUGCAUUUCUACCCAGUGAAAGAUAUAGGCGGAAUGUUGUUCGUGGAGCCCUUGAUUUGGUUGUAUCAACAGGUGGGACAGGCGGUCUUUUCCUCGGAGCAAGCAUUCUCAGCUUUGUCGAAUUAAUUUAUAUUAUUUUAAUACGACCCUUCUGUAAUAUCUACGCGAGGCGUAACGAGGACCCCUGGCAUAAGAAGUUUGGAAGAAAGCUCGAAGAAAAUAAAUUUGGGAGACACUCAGUAAAGAUUUUUAAAACAAAUUCACGUGAGAAAUAAAAAUUUAUUAGUUGAUAUUGUGGCACAGUUUGAUUGAUCACAACACAACACAAUAAAAUUAUUGGCACAUUU